AUGACCUACCCUACGACUAAUGACAACUGUUUUGCAAUUGAUGUGGUGGACCAGUUGGUGGAGACAAAGACGCAUGCUGAAGACCCUCUUAAUCUGACUUUGGUACAAGAGGAGGUGGUGGAACAAGACGGUAAGGAAGCUUAUGAGUAUGCUUUGUGGCUCGACUCUUAUGGCCCGCUGAAUAGAAAAUACUAUGAAGAGUUAGGAGCUUUUCGACGAAUGCCAUUUGGGCUGUGUAAUGCUCCAGCAACAUUUCAGAGGUGCAUGAUGGCCAUAUUUUCAGAUUUAAUAGAAAAGUGCAUCGAGGUGUUCAUGGAUGACUUUUCAGUGUUUGGUUCAUCGUUUGACCAAUGUUUAAGCAACUUGGAAUUGGUUUUAACAAGAUGUGAAGACUCUAAUUUGGUGUUGAACUGGGAAAAGUGCCAUUUCAUGGUUACAGAAGGAAUAGUGCUGGGACACAAAAUCUUCUUGGGUCAUGCCGGGUUCUAUAGAAGAUUUAUCAAAGACUUCUCCAAAGUUGCCAAACCGCUAUCCAAUCUUCUCGCUAGUGGAGUACCUUUUGAAUUUGGGAAAGAUUGUCUUGAAGCAUUCCAGAUUCUCAAGGAUAAGUUAAUCUCAGGACCGAUCGUGACUACACCAAACUGGGAAUUACCUUUUGAAAUCAUGUGCGAUGCAAGUGAUUAUGCCAUUGGAGCAGUUUUGGGACAACGGGUUGACAAGGUAUUCAGAACCAUUUACUAUGCAAGCAAAACUUUGAAUGAUGCUCAACUGAACUACGCUACUACAGAAAAAGAGAUGCUGGCUAUAGUGUUUGCAUGUGACAAAUUUCGACCCUACUUGAUUGGAAAUAAAGUGAUAGUGUAUACAUAUCAUUCAGCAAUCAAAUACUUGAUGACUAAGAAGGAUGCCAAACCACGACUGAUUAGAUGGGUUCUUCUUUUGCAAGAAUUUGAUCUAGACAUAAAAGACAAGAAGGGUACUGAAAACUUGGUGGCAGAUCACUUGUCAAGACUAGAGCUGGAAGAAAGUCAGAAUACGAAAGAGGUACAAAUAAAUGAACAAUUUCCCGAUGAACAACUCUUUAGUGUAAGGGAAAGUCUUAUGGUACCAUGGUAUGCUGAUUAUGUUAACUACUUAGCUGCCAAUAUCACUCCUCGUGAGCUAUCUCGCCAACAAUUAAAGAAAUUCUUAAGUAGAUUGUUUGAUGUAUGGGGGAUAGACUUUAUGGGUCCUUUUCCUUCGUCAUUUAGCAAUCUAUACAUAUUGCUAGCUGUGGAUUACGUAUCAAAAUGGGUAGAAGCUGCAGCAACACCAGCUAAUGAUGGAAAAACAGUUCUUCGGUUCCUUCAGAAGAAUAUAUUCACGCGGUUUGGUACUCCCCGAGCGAUCAUAAGCGAUGAAGGGAGUCACUUCUGCAAUAAACAGUUCGAAGCUCUUCUUUCAAAAUAUGGUGUUCGGCAUAGGACUACCCUCCCAUAUCAUCCACAAAGUAAUGGCCAAGCUGAGAUUUCUAACCGAGAAAUAAAGACGAUUCUGGAGAAAACGGUGCAGAGAUCGAGGAAAGAUUGGUCAAGAAAGUUGGAUGACGCAUUGUGGGCUUAUAGAACAGCGUUCAAAACGCCAAUCGGGAUGUCACCAUAUCGGUUGGUGUUUGGAAAGGCGUGUCAUUUACCGGUGGAGUUAGAACACAAAGCGUAUUGGGCAAUGAAAACUCUGAACAUGGACUUAAAGGUUGCUGGGCAGAAAAGACUAUUACAGUUGGAUGAAUUGGAAGAAUUUCGAAACGAAGCUUAUGAAAACGCUAAGAUUUACAAGGAAAGAACUAAAAGGUGGCAUGACCGAAAUUUAGUCAGAAAGGAGUUUCAACCUGGUCAACAAGUUCUACUCUUUAACUCAAGACUAAAGUUGUUUCCUGGUAAAUUAAAAUCGAGAUGGUCAGGGCCAUUUACAGUGAUCAAGGUGUUUCCCUAUGGAGCGGUGGAACUAAAAGGUGAAGGUCCUAAUACUUUCAAAGUGAAUGGGCAGCGAUUAAAGCUCUACUUGGGAGGUCAAUUUGAUCAAACCAAGUCCGCCAUGAUUCUGGCGCCAAUAUGAAGAUCUCGAUCAACGUCUAGCUAAGCGACGAUAAAGUUAGCGCUAAUUGGG